AUGGAAGCUCACACAACCAUUUCUGUAUCAGACUCUGACAGCGAUAUUGUUCUGCUUGAGGCACGGGACAUUCAAGAUUUUAAUCAUGACAAUACACUCCCACUAUCGGCGAUUGAGGUUGCCAAAAUCAUUAAAUGGCUUCAGCCAACUCCAUAUGACUUCGAAAGAGGCGAAUACUGCAGGCAUAGCGCCUCGCAUUUACUUGGGACCGGCAAUUGGCUCACAUCAACCCAAGUGUAUCAGCAGUGGCACUCUGGUAAAAGUGGAUUGCUAUUAAUCAAAGGCAUACCAGGCUCAGGCAAAUCAGUGAUGGCUGCUUCUAUAAUCAAGCAAUUGCAGGAGGAGAAUCGUCCAGUGAUUUACUUCUUCUUCCGACAGAUCAUCGAAGCUAACCACAAGCCCAUUGCCGCGCUGCGAGACUGGCUAUGCCAAGUUCUGGACUGCAGCUCUUCACUACAAGCCCAACUUCACAGGCGAUCGCUUGAUGAUCUGUCCCCGGACGAUUUGUGGAGUGAUCUCAUAAUGGCAUUGGCCGAUUUACCUAAGGUGUAUUGUGUAAUAGAUGCUUUGGAUGAGAUGGAUCUCGGAAAUGAAGGCUUCCUGAACAGCUUGGUUGAGUUUGGGAAAUGGCGUCCAAAUAAUGUCAAGGUUUUAAUGACCUCGCGCCCAAUAGCCCGCGUGGAGACAUUGCUGAGGCCGUUUUCAAUCCUACAACUUCGACUCGAAGAAAGUUUAGUGGAUCUUGAUAUCGAAUCAUAUGUUCAGCAUAGGCUGCGUGGCUCGGGUGUCGCGGAAGAACAUUGGAGUGCGAUCCAAGAAGCGAUUCCCGGUCGCGCAAAUGGUAUAUUUCUUUACGCGAAGAUGUCUUUGGAUACCUUUCUCGAGCCUGGAGUGGGCGUGCAAGAGACUCUCAAGGCACUGCCAAUGGAUCUCAACGUUAUGUAUAAUGAGCUUCUGCUAGAGCAUGCGCGGCGAUCGAAUGUGCCCUCCGAGCUCCAAAUCCUUAUCCUUCAGUUUGUCACCCACGCCACACGCCCACUACGACUUCUCGAGCUUGCUGAGAUGCUGAACACACACUCCGAACACAAUCAGACCUUUAAAGAAACCAAAACCUUGGUCAGAACUGCAUGCGGACCUCUCCUGGAAGUGUUACCCGAUGAGACAGUCUCAGUCAUUCAUCAUACGCUUACGGAAUUUUUAAAGGGAUACACCAGAUCCAGAGCGCCGGAAGACUCGGGGUAUCCAAUAUUUGAGGCCGGUCCCACAAAUCUGAACCUUGCUAUCGAAUGUCUGCAUUAUAUGCGGGCAGGAUGUUUGGACAGCCUAGAACUUACAGAACCAAAUUUCAAAAAGACUUUAUCCCCACUCGGAGUCCGUGAUCCAAAGAAAGAGAAAAUACAAGAAGUACGAUUACAAUUCCCUUUCUUAGAAUACGCCGCAAACAACUGGUACAAGCAUGUCCACCUGGCAGAGGCAUUGGAUGAAGAUAUGGAAUUCUUCCAUGACACGCUUGAUUCCCUCUUUACAGAGAAACACCGCUACAAAGCUUGGUUGUUUUGGUUUAGCCGGGCUUAA